AUGAAGAACGCCCCUGCCACGAGGCUGGUGAACGGACUCCUGGAGGGACAGGAGGAGUUUGCCAUUGCCUACUUAGACGACAUAGCGGUAUUCAGCAACACCUGGAAGGAGCACCUAGUGCACCUGUCAUGUGUGCUGGAUAGCCUGCGGAGGGCUGGGCUGACUGUCAAAACGAGCAAGUGUCAGCUGGGAAUGACAGAAGUCCAGUACCUGGGACAUAGGGUGGGAAGCGGGAAGUUGAGUCCUAACACGGGCCGAUUUAGUGGGGCUAGCACACAGAGGGCACGCAGUGUGGCAGGAGGUUCUGGAAGCAUUAGAAUGUCCACUGCAAGUGUCUCUAUGGGGGCCCCAAUCUUUAAUGAGAGUCAAGAUGCUGGCCUCUUUAGUAACAAUAGCAAGGAGACCAUGAACAAUUUGAAUGACCGUCUGGCUGCCUACCUGGAAAGGGUUCGUUCUUUGGAACAAGCUAACAGUGAACUGGAAUGUAAAAUCCAUGAGUUCUACGAGAGAAAGUCCUCCAUCAGCGCUUUUGACCCAAGUGAAUUCUAUAAGACAAUUAACAAGUUACACUCUCAGAUCCUUGAGGCCACCACUGAUCAUGUCAAGAUGUUACUGCAGAUUGAUAUUGCAAAACUCGCUGCUGAUGACUUCAAAAUGAAAUUUGAAUCAGAACUGGCCAUUAGGUUUGGAGUAGAGAAUGACACAGCUGGAUUGGGUAAGGUCCUGGAUGAGCUGACCAUCAACUGCUCUGAUCUGGAGCUGGAGAUUGAAGGCCUGAAAGAUUUGCUGAUCUACCUGAAGAUAGAUCAUGAAGAGGAACUGACUUAUCUUAAGGGACAGAUUGGAGGAAAGGUCAACGUAGAAGCUGAUUUUUCUCCAAGCGUUGACGUGUCUAAGAUCCUUGCAGUAGUGAGAGAGCAAUAUGAGAACGUGGCGAAGAACCGUCAGGAGGUGGAGAACUGGUACCAAACACAGGUAUGCAAAAAAUCCAAUAAGGCUAGACUAAAUUCAGAAUAUUCUAGGAAAGAGAUCACAGAACUGAGACGUACAUCCCAGAGCCUGGAAAUUGAGCUACAAUCACUACUGCACAUGAAACAAGCUCUGGAAGGAACACGAGCGGAAACAAAUGAUCGAUAUGGAAACGAACUUAGGAAAAUCCAGAUUUUGAUCUCUCAGAAUGAACUCGAACUCCAGCAAGUGAGAUCAGACUAUGAGAACCAUUCUAUGGAAUAUAGAAGACUACUUGAUAUUAAGACAAGAUUGGAGCAAGACAUUGCCACCUACAGGAAGGGGAAGACAUAA